AUGACGAGAGGAGACACAGAACCACGACACAGCACCACGCACACAGCACCACGACACAGAACCACGACACAGCACCACGACACAGAACUACGACAUAACCACGACACAGAACCCCGCCACAGCACCACGACACAGAACCCCGCCACAGCACCACGACACAGAACCCCGCCACAGCACCACGACACAGAACCCCGACACAGCACCACGACACAGAACCCGCCACAGCACCCACGACAGAACCCCGCCACAGCAGCACGACACAGAACCCGCCACAGCAGCACGACACAGAACCCCGACACAGCACCACGACACAGAACGCCACAGCACCACGACACAGAACCCGCCACAGCAGCACGACUCAGAACCGCCACAGCACCACGACACAGAACCCCGCCACAGCACCACGACACAGAACCCGCCACAGCACCACGACACAGAACCCCGCCACAGCACCGACACAGAACUACGACACAGCACCACGACACAGAACCCCGCCACAGCACCACGACACAGAACGCCACAGCAGCACGACACAGAACCCGCCACAGCACCACGACACAGAACCCGCCACAGCAGCACGACACAGAACCCGCCACAGCACCACGACACAGAACCCCGCCACAGCACCGACACAGAACCCCGCCACAGCACCGACAGAGAACCCCGCCACAGCACCACGACACAGAACUACGACACACCACGACACAGAACCCCGCCACAGCAGCACGACACAGAACCCGCCACAGCACCACGACACAGAACUACGACACAGCACCACGACACAGAACCCGCCACAGCAGCACGACACAGAACCCGCCACAGCACCACGACACAGAACUACGACACAGCACCACGACACAGAACUACGACACAGCACCGACCAGAACCCGCCACAGCACCACGACCAGAACUACGACACAGCACCACGACCAGAACUACGACACAGCACCACCACAUAACCCGACACAAACGCCACAGCACACGACACAGAACCCCGCCACAGCACCACGACACAGAACGCCACAGCACCACGACACAGAACCCGCCACAGCACCACGACACAGAACCCCGCCACAGCACCGACACAGAACCCCGCCACAGCACCGACACAGAACCCCGCCACAGCAGCACGACACAGCACCCCGCCAGAACCCGCCACAGCACCACGCCACAGCCUGCAGGAUGAAGCUGUUCCCCGAGAGGUCUUGUUCCAGACGUCCUUCAGGUUAUAGUGGCACCUACAGGAGCCAGGAGUGA